AGUAUAAAAACAAUUGAGAGACAGUGAUCAUUAAUCAGUACCGCUUUCCCAACACUGGUAAGUCAAAUUGAUUCAAAUGAUCGCUACGUUAACGGCCAAAACACAACAAUCGAAAAUGAAUCUAUUCGUGAAAUUUAUAAUUGCUAAUUUAGCUGUUUGUCUAGUACAAUCAGCUGUUGUACAUGAAAAAUGUAGCAAGAUGUGUACGAGAGAAUAUAGUCCAGUCUGUGGAUUAGAUAACACUGGAAACUCUAAAACAUUUAGUAACAAAUGCACUUUCGAAUAUGAACAAUGUGAAAACCGUGGAGCAGAAUGGCGUUUAAUUGCCGAAUCUGAAUGUGAUAAUACAAAAACAACAACAUGUACUGACUUCUGUACAAUGGAAUACCGACCAGUAUGUGGUAUGGAUAAUACUGGACGUACAGUCACAUUCGGAAAUAAAUGCAUUUUUGAAUCCGAACAAUGUAGCAACAGAGGUGCUGACUGGAAACUUACCACGGAAUCUGCUUGUGAAGAUCAACAACAAGAUUCAAUUGAGGAAUGUGCAACAUUCUGUCCAUUAAUCUACCAACCCGUUUGUGGUAUGGAUAACACAGGCAACCGAAAAACAUUUGGGAAUGAAUGCCACUUCAAACAACAACAAUGUAAUAACCGUGGCUCAGAAUGGCGAAUUGUCAAACAAGAUACCUGUGAAUCCGACGUUCAUGUCAAAACGACCGAAGUUUGUCCAUCAGUAUGUACAUUCGAAUACAAACCCGUUUGUGGUAUGGAUAACACUGGCAAUUAUAGAACUUUUGGAAACAAAUGCACCUUCGAAAUUGAACAAUGUAAUAAUCGUGGAGCUGAAUGGAGGAUUAUUGGACAUCAUGAAUGUAGACUUAAACAAUCAAAUGAUGUAGUUGAGUGUCCAAAAAAAUGUACACGAGAAUUUAUGCCAGUUUGCGGAGUUGAUAACACAGGAAACUUCAGAACAUUUAACAAUGAAUGUGAAUUUAAAACCGAAGAAUGCGAAAAUCGUGGUGCCGAGUGGAAACUUGUAUCCAAACAAGACUGUCGUAUACGAUUGACUGAUGACCAACAAUGCCCAUCUGCUUGCCCACUUUUACUAGCACCAGUUUGCGGAAUGGACAACACAGGCAACCAACGUACAUUUGAUAACGCAUGUGUGUUCAAAAAAGAACAAUGUGAAAAUCGUGGUGCCGAAUGGAGAAUAGUUAGCAAUCAAGAUUGUCGACUUCGAACCAAACGAUCAGCUCCAAAAUCUGAAUGUCCCAAAAAGUGCACCCGAGAGUUCAUGCCAGUCUGUGGUGUUGACAACACAGGAAACUUUAGAACAUUCAACAAUGAAUGUGAAUUCAAAACUGAAGAAUGCGAGAACCGAGGAGCUGAAUGGAAAUUAGUUUCAAAACAAGAUUGCCGUUUACGACUGACUGAUGACCAACAAUGUCCAUUGGUAUGUCCACUUUUACUCUCCCCUGUUUGUGGAAUGGAUAACACAGGCAACCAACGCACAUUUGAUAACGAAUGCGUGUUCAAAAAAGAGCAGUGUGAUAAUCGUGGUGCAGAAUGGAGACUUGUUAGUAAUCAAGAUUGUCGACUCCGAUCGAAACGAUCAGCUUUAAAAGCUGAAUGUCCCAAAAAGUGCACCCGCGAGUUCAUGCCAGUCUGUGGUGUUGACAACACAGGAAACUUUAGAACCUUCAACAAUGAAUGUGAAUUCAAAACUGAAGAAUGCGAAAACCGUGGUGCAGAAUGGAAAUUAGUGUCAAAACAAGACUGUCGUUUACGAUUAACCGACGACUUACAAUGUCCAACUGUUUGCCCUUUAUUGCUUUCUCCUGUUUGUGGAAUGGAUAACACAGGUAAUCAUCGGACAUUCGACAACGAAUGUGAAUUCAAUAAAGAACAAUGUGAAAACCGUGGUGCUGAAUGGAGAAUAAUCAGUCAUCAAGAUUGUCGCCUACGACGAUCAGUUCCAAAAUCUGAAUGUCCCAAAGCAUGUCCACUUUUAAUUGCUCCAGUAUGUGGUAUGGAUAACACUGGCAACUUAAAAACUUUCAGUAAUGAAUGUGUUUUCAAAAGUGCACAAUGCGAAAAUCGUGGCGCUGAAUGGAAACUGAUUGCUAACCAAGAUUGUAGACUGAGAAAUGAAAUGUGAUAACCAUCACUCAACUUUUUUUUUUAUUUGAGCAAAUAUUUUUUAUACUUGUUAUGUU